AUGGACAUGGACUUGGACGUGGACGGCGGCAGCGGCAUCGAGGGAGCUGGCCGAGCUCGCGACCAAAAACAGGCAGUGGAGGAAUGGAUCGAGUUUCUCGCCCAAUGUAUCCUGCAGCGCCUGGACCCCGAGCCCUUUGCAACAUACGUGACUGUUCUACAUUCGAAACACUCCCUACCUCCCGCGACCAUCGCCGACAUCUUCCUGCGACCACAGCGCGCCAACCACGAGAGCCUCGAUCCUCGCGUUCCUCGAUAUAUACAGGUCCUGACCGACAAGAAGCUCAUCGACACCCCUUCCAUCCUGAGGGCCCUGUACAAGUAUUCCACGGCUCACACCCCUGCAGAAGCCGUUGGUCACGCCGUCAGCCAAGAUCCCCACGCCAGCGGCAACUUAAGAUGGAAGAGCUCGUACGGGCAGGAGGAGACUAUCUUCUACCGCAUCACCAAGGCGGUGGGGCUUGGCACCGGCAUCAAGUCUGUCGGGGAUGCUAUAGCGACAUGCAAGAUCAUGGCCCAAUGGAUGGCCCUGUUCGCCUUGGCCGCGGCGGCGUUCGCCCAGGAUGUCAUGGCCGAAGUGCAUAGCGCGCAAUCUAGGAAUGACAUGGAGGCAUCGCGGGCUGCCUUCGUCAUGCUGCUUCUGGGGAUAUCUGAUAACCAGACGGUUCUGAGAGCGCUGGGCAGCUCCUCUGCAAAAGAGGCAAGAAAGGCCUUGUCCGAGAGUCUCGGCAGCUUCAUCCCUUCAAUCAUGGAGAGUGCUUCCCAAAUAGCCGACAAGCUUGAGGGCUUCCGCACAAAUACACUCGCUGCUUUCGAGCCGCUUGAUAAGAAAAGCCAGGCCGCCAAAGCUGAAUUCGACGAUCUCAUCGACUCUGCAUUGGGCCUUGAGAACUUCCCCGUCGCCGAAUUGCCCAUCAUAAAUACGCGGGCAGGCCUGUAUAUUUAUUUGAAUGCUUCGCUCGUUGGUCGUCCACUCAUAGACGACGCUACCAUAUACAGUUAUUUGCAUAACCGCUACAACGUUGAUAUACAGAGUUGUUUCAUAGAUCUAAUUCUGGCGUCAUUCGAUGUGCUUGCCAACGCGGUAUUCCGAAACGAGGGUCCCAAAACAGGGCACCUUUUACGGUCGUACCUCAUCAAUAAGUUACCAGUACUUCUCUCGACCUUAGCACAGUCGCUUUUCCCACCAGCAACGCCGCAGCAAUGCAUCACACUGGCAUUGAGCCAAGUCGAUACUAAUGCUUUCCCGACGCUUUCGGCCAUGUUUGAUGUUUCUAGCAGCAACAAUACGUUUACAGACAGUGUUCGCCAAGAAUUUUGUUUCGCUUGCUGCCUGCACGGGUUGAUUCCUGAGUCGGCGAUCGAGACCCUGCUAGGCGAAAUAACGUAUCAAACUCUUCCAGAAGGCGGCCGAUAUGUUAAGGACACACUAGUCAAUGAAUGCAUGGCUGAUCCUGAGAGGAUCCAAGGUCUCAUCGGCGAGCUUGACAAAAUGGAUGGCAACGUGGGGCCUGUCUGCCAAGCCCUGACUGAGGUAUACGUUCCUGUCCAUCGUGGUCCUAUUUCUAGUACUGACAUCCAAAGCCAGCUUGCUAAAAAGCCGCUGUCUCUGGAUGUGAUUCUGCUCUUUGAGAAGCCGAUCACCAUACUGCAGCCGCUUUGCGAGUUACUGGAUACAUGGCGAUAUGACGAGGAUCAAGGCGAAUACCAACCAUUGUAUGAGGAGUUCGGUUCCAUCCUGCUCCUGGUCUUAGCUUUCGUCCAUCGUUAUGGCCUGAGUGUCGCAGACCUUGGGGUGAGGUCUUCCGACUCUUUUGUUGCGAAGCUUCUGAGCACGGGACACAUGCACAAGAUUUUCGAGGAGUUAACAGAGCAGGAAAAGGGCCACAUAGGGGGGUGGAUCCAAGGUCUCUUCGACCCCGAGAGCGGUGGGCUUGGAGAUGAACUGAUGUCGUCUUGCCCGCCUCAAGACUUCUAUCUCCUCGUUUCCACUCUGUUCCACCAAACUGUGCUGGCUUUCAGCACUGACAGGCUCACUGAAGAUAGUCUGAAGAGCGGUGUCGAAUAUCUUGUGGAUACAUUCCUGUUGCCUUCUCUCGUCAUGGCGAUCACGUUUCUGUCCAACCACUUGAGGACUAGUAGAACAACUGAGCCUAAGGCAGUCAUUCGGAUCUUGCAACUCAUUCUCCUGACAAAACAGGGUUCUAGUGAGGCCCAGACAAUGCUAUCAGCCGUUAUUACGAUAGUGGCAAGCCCGCUGGAGCACGCCCUGCGGUCGCACCAAAGACAGGACCCUAAAAAUCAGGAGAUCGAGCCUUUGCUGAAGGCAAUACGAGACAACACUCAAGUGCCCCCUAGAACAGCUGGUGCUGAUCACAAAGAAUUUGAGACGUGGACAAGCUCGCCAGGGAUGGUUGCUUCCGUGCGGCAUACGAUCCAAGGACUUGUACAAUGGGGGUCGCACCCUGGUGUAAAUGUCAUGCCUCAAUCGUACACACACCGUCAGAUUAUCGUGGCAAGCAAGCUUCUAGGUCCUAGAAGGCUGUUGGAGUUGAUCCUUGAUGAAGUCAAGCAAGUGACCGAUGCAGCCAACGACAGCGUCGUCUACGACAUCGCCGUGGCACUUAUCUGUGCACCAGAUGUGACGAAUCCAGCUCCACCGUCGCUACCACUCCUUGGUGAUCCUAGCCAGCAGGUCUCACACGUGCAGACAAGAAUCAGCCUUCGCCAGAUGUUGAGAUGGGAGGCCGAGGAUUGCAAGAAAAUCCAGAAGUUUGACCCUAUCAUGGCUGAACACGUCGUUCGCCUCUACAGGAGAGUUGAGGCUCAAAUGGUGAUGCCUCAGGCUCCCGCAAUGAUCCAACAAAACGACCUAGGUCUGGACCUAGACGGAAACGCAGCUGCCUCUCUGGACGAUGCAAUCGCCGCAGCCCAAGGCGACAGUAUGGUAGCAGACGACACCACCAUGGAUCUCGAUCUCGGUGCAGGCCCUCCAGACCUGGGCCUGGACAUGUCCGCUGACGGUGGGCUUGGCCUUGGAGACGAUGAUAUAUUCGGGUCCUUGGGUAGUGUCGGUAAUGGUGCGGACUUCAACAUUGAUCAAUGGAGUAGCAUGCUCUGA